AUGGCUUCCACGGCUCCCACCAAGGCCAAGCACGACUGGGCCGACGAUGAUGAUAUCGAGGAGACCAGCACCGAGCUGCCGGCGCCCCAGACAAUCGCCAACAAGGACGGCACCAAGACCAUUAUCACAUACCGCAUCAACGACGACGGUCAAAAAGUGAAGACGACGCGCCGCAUCCGCUUCAUUACGCACACGGAAAAGGUCAACCCACGCGUGGCCGACCGCAAGAGCUGGGCCAAGUUUGGCGCGAGUGCCAACGACGGCGCCGGCCCGGCCGCUGACACGACCUCCAUCGCCGAGAACAUGAUCUUCCGCCCAAGCGUCAGCUGGCGCAAGGACGCUAAAGAUGAGAGCGCCGACCCCAACGCGCAAGCUAUGAAGGACAAGCUCAAGGACAAGAAGGUCAAGUGCCGUAUUUGUAACGGCGAGCAUUUCACAGCCAGGUGUCCUUACAAGGACACCAUGGCCCCCAUUGGUGAGAACGGUGCCGCGGACGUCGCCGCGGGUAUGGGUGACGAGCCCUCAGCCGUCGCCGCGGGCGGCGUCGGCGCCAAGAAGGGAUCCUACGUCCCCCCCGCGAUGCGUGGAGGAGCCGUGUCGGCGAGCGCCAUGGCGGGCUCAAAGUACGGCGAGAGAGACGACCUCGCGACGUUGCGCGUCACCAACGUGUCGGAAAUGGCCGAGGAGAACGAGCUCCGCGACAUGUUCGAGCGCUUUGGACGCGUCACCAGGGUAUUCUUGGCCAAGGACAGAGAAACAGGCAUGGCCAAGGGGUUCGCCUUUAUCAGCUUCGCGGACCGGGGCGAUGCCGUCAAGGCGGCCAGCAAGAUGGACGGGUAUGGUUUCAAGCAUCUUAUUCUGCGUGUGGAAUUUGCCAAGAAGGCCGCGUAA